UGACAGACGACCGUAUGGGGCUUAUGGAGUUUGAACCUUUACCCAUAAGCGUCACAUUUACUGCAUGAUCUUUGUUCUCUGGCCUCCUCCCUCCAGAUAACCAGCACAGAAGCACAGAACAGUCUUGAAGAUGGUGGUUUUGUCGAAAGAAUACGGCUAUGUGGCUCUAACCGGAGCAGCAUCAUUUCUCCUGAUGGCUCAUCUGUCUCGUGCUGUGGUGAAGGCUCGGGUUAAAUACAAUGUCCCGUGUCCGACAAUGUACAGUGAUGAUCCAGAGACUGGUCAAAAAUUCAACUGUAUCCAGCGAGCGCAUCAGAACACAGUUGAACUCUUGUCGCCAUUCCUGUUUCAAUUAUCUGUGGGAGGGAUUCAGUAUCCACGCAUGGCCAGUGUGUUGGGAAUGAUCUGGAUCGUCAGUCGGGUGCUGUACGCUCAUGGAUACUCUUCUGGAAAGCCUGAGAAGCGCCACCGUGGGUCGUUCGGUAUGGUUGCUUUGCUGGGUCUGUUUCUUUGCACGGUGAACACCGGGAGAACGCUGCUCGGAUGCGAUCAUGGGUUAAAAUGGGUCAAAUGGCCGAAAUGUUUUAAACAGUGAAAACUGCGUUUACAGAUCAGUCCUGUUCUAAUUCUACAUUCUGUAAAAUGUCGUUUAAAAAAAACACUUUUUGCAAAUCUAGAAAAACACAAGAGACACUUCACACUGUAAGAAUUUGCUGUGUGUACAUUUGUGCUUUAAAUAAAUGGCAC